GACUGCUGCAAAAGGGCAAACCUCCUCCACCCAAAAUCCCUAGCCCUAUCUCCUAACCAUUUCAGUAUAUAGAGAUCAGAGAAAAGAGAGCACAUCUCUCUCUUUCUUUCUGUCUCUUCUUUCAGAAGGAUAGCCGGAGAAGAUGGCUCAGAUGCUGGUGCCUUCCAUGCAAUGUUCCCAAAUGAGAGUUCCAUGCAACCUCCCACAAACUAGGUCAUUGAUGCCGGCAAAGAUGUGGAAAUCUCUGCUGUUGAAUAAUCAAAAGGCCAAGACCAAGAAGGGGCUUUCUAGUUUCCGGGUGUUUGCUGUGAAGUCAGAAAACAGCAAUGGGACUGUGUCAAGACUAGAGGACCUGCUUAAUUUGGACAUCACCCCUUUCACUGAAAAAAUCAUUGCAGAGUACAUUUGGAUUGGAGGAACUGGCAUUGACAUCCGCAGCAAAUCACGGACAAUCCCAAAACCUGUGGAGCAUCCAUCAGAGCUUCCGAAGUGGAAUUAUGAUGGUUCGAGCACCGGACAAGCUCCGGGAGAAGAUAGUGAAGUCAUUCUAUACCCACAAGCUAUAUUUAAGGAUCCCUUUCGGGGAGGAAACAAUAUUCUGGUAAUCUGUGAUACAUAUACUCCAAGCGGAGAACCUAUUCCUACCAACAAACGUCACCGGGCUGCUCAGAUCUUCAGUGAGAAGAAAGUUACCAACGAAGUCCCAUGGUAUGGCAUUGAGCAGGAGUACACAUUACUGCAAUCAAAUGUAAAGUGGCCUCUUGGCUGGCCUGUUGGAGGAUAUCCUGGUCCUCAGGGUCCAUACUACUGUGCAGCAGGGGCCGACAAGUCAUUUGGACGCGACAUUUCAGAUGCUCACUAUAAAGCCUGUUUGUAUGCUGGAAUCAACAUUAGCGGAACUAAUGGAGAAGUUAUGCCUGGGCAGUGGGAGUAUCAAGUUGGACCGAGUGUAGGAAUUGAUGCAGCAGACCAUAUAUGGUGCUCAAGAUAUCUCCUUGAGAGAAUCACUGAACAAGCUGGGGUUGUGCUCUCCCUUGAUCCCAAACCGAUAGAGGGUGACUGGAAUGGUGCUGGAUGUCAUACCAACUACAGUACCAAGAGCAUGCGUGAAGACGGCGGUUUUGAUGUGAUUAAGAAGGCUAUUCUCAACUUAUCCCUUCGCCACAAAGAACAUAUUAGCGCGUACGGAGAAGGAAAUGAAAGGAGAUUGACCGGGAAGCAUGAGACUGCCAGCAUCGACACAUUCUCUUGGGGAGUGGCGAAUCGUGGAUGCUCAAUUCGUGUGGGCCGUGACACUGAGAAACGAGGCAAAGGUUACUUGGAAGAUCGUCGCCCGGCAUCAAACAUGGACCCGUACGUGGUGACUUCAUUGCUGGCGGAGACGACUAUUCUUUGGGAGCCGACUUUAGAGGCCGAGGCGCUGGCUGCGAAGAAGUUGCAGCUACAAGUUUGAUGAAAAAAAAAGAAAAAAAAACCGAAAUUUCUCAUCUGCAUUGAUGUUAUUAUUAUUACUACUACUUUCUUUGUUCUGUGUUAGCAUCUCUGCUGUUUGUUGUCGAGGUUUAUUGAACAAUGAGUCAUGAAUGAAAAAUAAUUUGUCGA